GUUCGUCCGAAUUCCUGUCCGGCAAAGACAUGGUCCAUGGUCCGGUGGGCGUCGAAUCGCGAGUCGGGACGUGGCGGCACCCAUGCGAUAUCGACAGUCCCCGCUGUCAGCGCGCGAAGAGUCGCGGUAAUCGUCGAUGUCAAAGCUGUUGGAGGCGAAUCAGGCGGAUAAGCCGGCUGGGUCCGCCGCUGCCGCAGCGGCGGGGGGGACGCUCGCUUACCUUACCACUUCCAGUAUCACAUUCUAGUUACCAGCAGAGUUGAUUGGCGAUCGCGGUGUGCACCUGUAUUCCAGUGACUGUGCGCGAUGUUCGGAUGCUCUUCCCUUAUCAGCGGCUGAAUCGAUAUCCGAUAUGUCUUCCGAACUGAAAAGCCACCCAAAGGCCCGUCUGUGCCACAUCAAGAAGUGGGACCACUUCGACGGCUACGGGUUCAAUCUGCACGCGGAGAAGGGCAAGCCCGGCCAGUACAUCGGCAAGGUGGACGACAGCUCCCCGGCAGAGGCGGCCGGCCUGAGGCAGGGCGACCGCAUCCUGGAAGUCAACGGCGAGAGCAUCGCCAACAAGACCCACAAGCAAGUGGUGGAACUGAUCAAGAACCUCCCGGACGAGACUAAGCUGCUGGUGGUCGACCCGCACGAGGACGGGAUCAUCCCCACGGAGCCCGAGCUCGACGACAAGCAAGAGAAACAGAACAAUGACGUCAACAAGAAGGAGCAGGAAAACGGAACGCUCAAUUUGAGCAUGACGGCCGCCGAGCUGCGGGCCAAGUUGGCCUCUAAGAAGAAGUUCGACCCGAAAAAGGAGUCCAUGGAUUUCAAGCAGAAGUUUGACAUCGUGCAGAAACUCUGAGUGAGCAGUGGUUCGCGAAAGACUUGCGAAACGUUUUUAAAAUGACCAGUGCUUCGCUAUUAAACAAGUGACCUUGGCAAAAUCACGUUGAAAAUUCUAUUAUUGAGUAUAUACAGGUGUUACAUAAAUAAUAAUGGUGACAUUAAAUGAUGCGGAACUGUUCGCUACACGCGAUCAUUUUCCGAUCAAAGAAGCGCUUUCGUUUCUCAUCUCUCUUUUUUUUCGGAGAAAAUUCAAUCAUUGCACGCUAUUUCUCUUAUCUGUUAAUAACACGAUGCAAAACAAUCAAUUCUACUUGUUAACAACUCGGUUCGUUGUAACAUCGAUUUUUCCCUGCAAAAAGUUUCGAGCAUGCUUCAGGAGUUAAAACAUUUGUGGGUUAUCGUGAUUCUACUAUUAAUUUUAUUGGUUUGUACGAACAAUGUAUUAUUAAAACUGACACCAAAAUAAUACACAACACAAUGCAAUUAACUGUUCAAAUAUGUCUUUGACUGUUAACUCGUCAAUGCCAAAUAUGCGACGAUAACACCAAUUACGUUCCAACAAUUGAUUCGAUGAUAUAAUAAGAUAAAACAAUAGAUUUUCUGUUAUUACACAUGAAAAUAAAUUACAUGACCCGUGAGAACAAAUCAUUAGUUUAGUGAAAUGUUAGAAUUUAUUUUUAGUUACAAUAUGAGAUUACGACUUAUUAGUUAUGUUUAUUUGAAUGAAUGGUUAGUACCCAUUAUUUUGUAAAAUAUGUUAUAUAAUAUGUGUAAAAAUAAACGUAUUAUGAAAA